GUACAGCGGUCUUCGCCAACCUUAUCAGGAAAAGAGGGGGAGCAGGGGAUGCUGUCUCCGCGACGCCCCCCACUUUGUUUCUGAAGAUCUGAGCAUCAAACGUGCUGUUCACUGAAGCAUGAGCUUUGGACAUGGCCACCCGCCGCUGCACUCGGAAGCCUUGGCUGGCCCCCGGCAUCUCUAGAAUGAUUUGGAAACAUCUUGUCCUCAUCUCCCUCUGGCUGCCAUCAUUUGUUUUGGGUGGAGCCUCCCCCACCUCCUGCCCAGCUGCUUGUUCCUGCAGCAACCAAGCCAGCCGGGUCAUCUGUACACGCCGGGAGCUGGUGGAAGUGCCUGAGAGCAUUUCAAUCAACACACGGUACCUCAAUCUGCAGGAGAAUAACAUCCAGGUGAUAAAGACUGAUACUUUCAAGCAUCUUCGUCAUCUUGAGAUUUUACAACUUAGCAAGAACCUCAUCCGUAAGAUUGAGGUUGGUGCCUUCAACGGCUUGCCCAACCUCAAUACACUGGAGCUCUUUGACAACCGGCUAACCACUGUCCCCACACAGGCCUUUGAGUACCUCUCUAAGUUGCGGGAGCUGUGGCUGAGAAACAAUCCCAUUGAAAGCAUCCCUUCUUAUGCCUUCAAUCGAGUCCCUUCUUUGCGGCGUCUGGACCUUGGAGAGCUGAAGAAGUUGGAGUAUAUCUCAGAAGCGGCUUUUGAAGGCUUGGUCAAUUUGAGGUACCUGAACUUGGGCAUGUGCAACCUUAAAGAUAUUCCAAAUUUGACAGCCUUAGUGCGGCUAGAAGAACUUGAGCUUUCUGGAAAUCGCCUGGACAUGAUCCGGCCAGGCUCCUUCCAAGGUCUGACUAGCCUUCGCAAGUUGUGGUUGAUGCAUGCCCAAGUGGCCACCAUUGAACGCAAUGCUUUUGAUGACCUUAAGUCAUUGGAAGAGCUCAAUCUCUCCCACAAUAAUUUGAUGUCCUUGCCCCAUGAUCUAUUCACCCCUUUACACCGCUUAGAACGUGUCCACCUCAAUCAUAAUCCUUGGCAUUGCAAUUGUGAUGUGUUGUGGCUUAGCUGGUGGCUCAAAGAGACAGUUCCAAACAACACUACCUGCUGUGCCCGGUGCCAUGCCCCACCAAACCUGAAAGGACGAUAUAUUGGAGAGCUGGAUCAAAGCCAUUUUACUUGCUAUGCCCCUGUUAUAGUGGAACCUCCAACUGACCUUAAUGUGACUGAGGGAAUGGCUGCUGAAUUAAAGUGCCGAACAGGAACCUCCAUGACAUCAGUGAACUGGCUCACACCCAAUGGCACACUGAUGACACAUGGUUCCUAUCGGGUGCGCAUUUCUGUCCUUCAUGAUGGCACACUCAACUUCACCAAUGUGACAGUCCAAGACACUGGGCAGUACACCUGUAUGGUGACUAAUUCAGCUGGCAACACCACUGCUUCAGCCACACUCAAUGUCUCAGCUGUGGAUCCAGCCACUACAGGUUAUACUUACUUCACUACUGUAACUGUGGAGACCAUGGAUCCUGGUCAAGAAGAAUCAAUUCCCACAAAGAAGGAACCUGGGCCAACACCUUCCCAAGGCUGGGGCAUGACUUAUUCCACUACUUCACUGACUCCUCGCAGCACACGCAGCACUGAGAAGCCAUUUACUAUCCCAAUCACUGAUGUCACAGAGAAUGGCAUGAAAGAUUUGGAUGAUGUGAUGAAAACUACUAAGAUCAUCAUUGGCUGUUUUGUAGCCAUUACCUUCAUGGCUGCUGUGAUGCUCAUUGUCUUCUACAAACUUCGUAAGCAGCACCAGCUUCAUAAGCAUCACGGACCUACCCGCACUAUUGAGAUCAUCAAUGUUGAAGAUGAGCUGCCUGCAGCAGCUGGAGCUCCUGGUGACAGCCAUCUUGCGCUUCCUGCCAUUGAGCAUGACCACCUCAACCACUAUGCUGCUUUCAAGGCCCACUACAACAACAAUAGUGGUGGUGGACCCCUCACAUGCUCCAAGAACCCCAUGCUCAAUUCCAUCCAUGAACCUCUUUUAUUCAAGAGCAGCUCUAAAGAAAAUGUCCAAGAGACACAGAUAUGA